CCAGGUUUGUCAAAGUAAUUGAUAACUUGAUUUUGUUGAGCAAAUGGGUAAAGUUAAACUCGACGUAAAGAUUGCUAUAAAUCUUUCAGAUUUCUGAAAUUUGGUGUUUUAAUUUUUUGGUGUGUUUCAAGGAAUUUCUUGUUUUUGUGUGUGUGUGUCAAAAUCGAUACAUACUGUAUGGAUCCAGUCACAUUUGCCCAAGUCGUCUCAUCUCUUCCAACAACAGCGCUGCGUCAACAUUUAGCACUUAUCCUUGAACUUUAAACUCUGCUAACGUGGCGAGUGCAGUGACCCACAUUAGCCCACAAGACUCACAUAUCUGGUGUUUGGCAAACAAAUUUUAUUACUGUUUGGAAGAACUUCACUUACGAGGCAGGCAGGAAGAAAAGGACAUCCAGAAGGAUGCCACAUGCUAUAGCUGUGCUAAUGCUACAAGCUACAUCACAGAUGUUUUGAGAGCAACUAUAAAAGGCACCAUUUGACCAUUGGUCCUGCCACCCUGCCGUGCCAGUCCAUUGUCCUCAAGAGCCGCUGUCUCCCAAGUGCGGAUUUCAGCAUUGGUGAUGUAUUACCAGCUGAACUGUCUCCAGUGGCCAUCAGCUUCAGCUGUAAAGUUUGUUUUUCUUCAAACUUCAGCAGUUUUCUAGUUGUCCUUCUGAGGUAGUGACAUCAAUUUGUGACAUCACGCAAUUUGAUGUCACAAGGAGUGAUGCACCCUAUGUGGAGCUAUAAUGCAUCACUUUUGAAUUUACGGUCAUAGCUAUUGCAGCAGUUGGAGAGAAAGCACAAGUAUUGUACUAAACGCACUAACAAGCAAAUAGUCAAUUUUCUAAUUGAUUUUCAGAUUUGUCCAGAGAGAACUAAUUAAAAAUGAGUCAGAGCAAUAAGAUAAGUAAGCCUUCUGAUUUCAAAGACAAGGAAAUGCAAGAGACCAUAGCGAUUCAGACGCAGCAGCUCAAUGAUUUUGUAGAAAAAGUAAGCAUGAUGUCCAUCGAGCGAAUGUCUCUGCUGAAAGUGAAUGAGGAGCUGAACAUUCAAGUUCUAAAUAUGAAAAAAGUUGCGCUUGAAGUAGACGCUCUGGUUCGGGAGAAAGAAGACGAAUUAAAGAAACAGUUGGAUGCAAACAAAACUUUGAAGAAAAAUAUCACUGCUCUGGAGAAGAAAAAGAUCGCCUUGGAAAACGGAAAGAUCGCCUUGGAGAAUGAAAAGAUCGCCUUGGAGGAGAAAAAUACUCGUUUGGAGAAGGAGAAGGCCGCUGUGGAGGAGAGAAACACAGCCUUAGAGAUAGAAAAGACCGCCUUGGAGAGAAGAAAGAACGCGUUAGAGGCUGAAAAGAACGCCUUGGAGAAGAGGACCUACACGCAGCAGAAAGAAAAUUUUGCACUGCGACAGAAAAACACGAUCUUGGAGAACCAAAAGACCGCUUUAAAGGAGAAAAACACUAUGCUGGAGAACCAAAAGACCGCUUUAAAGGAGAAAAACACUACGCUGGAAACACAAAACACUGACUUGGAGAAAAAGAACACUGCUCUGGAGAAGAAAAAGACCACUCUGGAGAAAAAAAAUAUUGCACUGGGUCAGAAAAAUGCAGCCUUAGAAAUUGAAAAGGCUGCCUUGGAGAAGGAAAAGACUGACUUGGAGGACAAAAACACAGCCCUGGAAACACAAAACACAACCUUGAAAAAGAAGACGACCGUUUUGGAGAAGAAAAAGACUGCUCUGGAGCAAAGAUGUAUCACACUGGGGCAGACAAACGCAGGCUUGGAGACUGAAAACACUGCCUUGGAAGAGAGAAAAAUAAACUUGGAACACGAAAAAACUGCCUUGGAGGAGAGGAUCACAAUCUUUGACCACAUAAAUACCAUCUUGAAAGAGGAAAACACCGCCCUCAAGCAGGAAAAGACUGCCCUGAAUGAGGAAAACACCACUCUGAAGGUGAGAAGCGCAGCCCUGGAGCAGAAAAGUGCAGUCUUGGAGAGGAAAACCACUGCCUUGGAGCAAAUUAACACCAUUCUCAAGCAGGAAAACACCGGCCGGGGACAGAAAAUCACUGCUUUGGAGGAGGGAAAUAGCUCGCUGGAGAAGGAAAACACCACCCUGAAGCAGAGAAGCACCACUGAAAAGCAGAAAAGAACCAUCUUGGAGAGGAAAACCACUGCCUUGGAACAAAUAAGAGCCAUCCUCAAGCAGGAAAUCACCACCCGGGGACAGAAAAUCACUGCUUUGGAGGAGGGAAAAAGCUCGCUGGAGAAGGAAAACACCAGCCUGAGGCAGAAAAUCGCUGCCUUAAUGAAAAUAAGCACCGACCUGAAGUUGAAAAGCGAGACCCUGGAGAAGACAACCACUGCCUUAAAGGAUAAAAACACUGUCUUUGAACAGGAAAACACCGCCCUGAAACUGAAAAGUAUCGGAAGUGUCUUGGAAGGGGAAAAGCUGACCAAAAAAAUGAGGGAAGGAGUGGAACAGCAGAACCAGCAGCCGCCUAAAGAGGAAACCCACGGAGAAAGCCAGUCGGAUUCAGACCAGCCAUCAGUAAUCGCACGUGUGGUCGGAGGUAUCCUCAAUACAUACCAGAAAAUGUCCGAAAAUGGUACUCUGAGAUACUGGAUCGAAUUGUGAUAUAAAAGGGUCAUGAUAACUCAAAACUUCAUACUUGAUUAUUUGGGGCAGAAAAGCUUAACAACAAAAGCACUGCGGUGUCAAGGGAG